AUGGUCAUAAGGCGAAGCCAUUGUAAUUGUAGGCAGCUUGGCAUUGAUCAGAAAGCCUCAUCGCCACAAGGAAACUACCUUGAUCAAAGAAAAUCAUUAUUUGGCUCAUCAACUGAUUCUGAAUUGCUAGGGUGGUUGAAGCGAGUUGCCUUGGAUCCUUGCACUCCAGAAGUAUUGGUUAGAAAGUUAAGGAACCAAACUCUUACCAUACGAAAAGUUUUGAGCCUGAGCAGUGCUGAAUUUCCUCAACAGAGAAAACGAAAAUUUCAAUUGUUUCCAGGAAGUGGUAAAUUCACGACUACUCUUGAAUUUGCUUCGGAGAGAUUAAAUGAUCAAAAUGCUAAACAAUUGGCUAUUGUACAUUCCUCUUCUACUAGUUUAGUUGAUUCAACUGAAUGUGCUAGUGCCAAAAAAUUUCUAAACUCAUGUAGUUCAUAUAGUAUAUUAACAUCCGACGAUAACUUUCAAAAAAAGGUGCAGUUGUGCUUCAAUUUUGACAAUAAGAAUGAAGGUGCACACUUUAAUCCAUCCAACAACAAUAUUUCUUUCCAAGGUAAUAUGGAUGAAUCAAUUGAUGCUUCACAUUCGGAUUCGAAAAGCUUGGUUAUUGAGGAUGCAUCCUCAAUCUCGAUGGAUUCUAACGAGUUGCUUCCUCUCAUUAAGGGGAGUCCGGUCAUUCGACGCGUGCUCGGUGGUGGAGCUAUGAUGGCGGAAAAAGGGAAUGCACAGAAACUAAAAUCUCUCCUUGGCUUUGUGAAGGCACAACUCCAGAAAGAAACAGACAAAUACCAGAAAAGAAUGGAAUAA